AUGCGACGGGACGAGUUAUCAGCUAACAAGGGAGUCUUGGGACAUCGCGCCUUAAUUCCCACGACUGAUCGGAAAGAGAUCCUAGCCGCUCUUCACGCGCAUUAUCCUGGAAUCGUAAAAAUGAAAGCAUUGGCGAGGAGCUACGUUUGGUGGCCAAAUAUCGAUGCGGAUAUCGAGCUCACAGUUAAGCGCUGCCAAGCCUGUCAGGAAACUCGAAAUGAGCCGCACAAAUCGGAAGUACACUUUUGGGAAUCUACUAAGAAACCUUGGUCGCGUCUUCAUGUUGACUUUGCAGGACCGUUUCAAGGCAAGGUGUUCUUUUUGGUUGUUGAUUCUUUCUCAAAGUGGCUCGAGGUUAGCGUUGUCAAGUCUACAUCAGCAGCCUGCGCCAUCGCGUUCCUUCGCCAGCUUUUUGCUACUCAUGGAAUUCCGGACGAGUUGGUUUCGGAUAACGGAACCGCGUUUACAUCUGAUGAAUUUAAAAAAUUUAUGAGCAACAACAUUAUUUGCCAUAUCCGAUCGGCACAUUUUCACCCGGCGACCAAUGGGCGAGCUGAGCGGAUGGUCCAAAGCACAAAAGGAUUCUUAAAGAAGAUGGAACGAGAUACUGACAUAAAUCUAGCCCUGGCCCGAUAUCUGUUCAGCCAACAUUGCACACCGCAUUCGACAACGGGACAUUCGCCAGCAGAGUUGCUCCUGAAGCGGGAACUAAAAUCAUUUCUUGAUAAGAUUCAGCCAAACGAAAUCGUAUUGGGUAAGGACUCUGAACCAGUCAAUAAGAAGAGUUUUGUUACAGGUAGCCCAGUCUGGUGGACCUCGAUGAUAGCCGUGUGGUUCGACGUCAUCUAG